AUGUCUAACAUUUACGAAAUCAUUGAUAGCCUUCUCGAAAAAGAAGAAUCUAAAAUACUACAAAUACAUCUUAUUAACAAUCCAGAAAAAGAAAAUAGGUUGCUUUUGGCCCUUAAAAGUCACGAAAAGCCUGAAGAUAAAAAGAGCCUUUUGAAAGAUUUCCUUAGUAAUAUAUCCGAUGAACUGCAAGUGAAACGUUCAGGUGACUUUCAAGAGUCUAUUCGUAAACUUGCUCCUCCUCGUUACUGCGAAUUUUGGUUAAACCCUUAUAAUUCGCAAAUUAUUUGCAUAAUGCCACCGGGUUAUAUUGACGAAAAUGUGUUGAAUUCUGAACCGUAUUCGUGUUACAUGGAUGUUGAAGAGGAUAAAAUUGUAUUAAAGAAUAACGUAAUGAUAAAUUCUGAAAACAUAUUAAUAUUAAAUGACGGUAAACCAGUGGAAGUUAGGUUAAACGAAGGGGAGGAAUGUAAGUUGGUAGUUUCAGGUCAUAUUAAGUUGGAUAAAUGUGCAAAAUUUCUACGCUUAUGCAAACUCCCAGAAUCAAUAGUUCGCGGAGUAACAAAGCAAUGUAUCUACAUCAAAGAAUCAUAUCUCAAGAUGAUCGAAUUGAUUGAAACAGACCGUGAGAAACUGAGCUUAAAUGGGUGUGUUAUAAUCGGAACGCCAGGCACUGGUAAAACACACUUCUCAUUAUAUUUCGCUUUUUUUAUAAUGCGUCGGUACCAAGAAACAGAUAUCAUUUUUGAACAAUUAUGCAAAAACACUGAUGAAGGUUUGAUUCUUCGUAUUAAACCAAACAAAAGCGUAAUGAUCAUUUCUGACCUAAUCUCCGAAGACCCAGUAAAUAGCUAUUACAUUGUAGAUUCAAUAGCACCUACUGAUGUUGGUACAAAAUUCACACUAUUAUUAACAACGCCAAGAAAUGACCGGUGGCAUGAAUUUGAGAAGAAAGAUGGUGUUAUGAAAUAUUACUCAUCUUUAUGGGUAGAAAAGGAAAUCUUGGAUGUAUGGAAGUUGAACUACAAUAGUAUACCUGAAGGACGAGUCAAGGAAUUGAUUAACGUAUGGGGUUGUGUACCACGACGGAUUUUCUGCGAAUAUUAUAAGGAACCGAAGAUUAGUGAGGUAAUAGCUAAAUGUAAUGUUCAUGAUUACAUUGAGAAUGAAGGGGAAGAUUUAGGAGAUAAAUAUUCCGGUAAAGCAAUACUCAUUCGCCCUAAACAAAAUUUUACGGAUAAGGAGUUUAUUCCUGCUUCAGAAAUUAUAUCUAAGGCUUUGUAUGAAAAAUACAAAAAUUCUACAAAAGACAGUAUUAUUAGUUUAAUCAAAAACCUUGCAGGAGGUGCUGCUGCUCCGUUGUCUAGAAAAUUCUUCGAAAUGAUGGCUCACGACUUAUUGCGAAAAGGUGGAACAUUUAAAGUGCGAAACUUGAGCACUGGUAACUGCGAAAUACUACAACUCCAAGAGCUGAAACAAAAUGUAUUCCAUAAUAUUGAUGAAAUAGUUUCGAUGGAAUUUAAUUUUCCCGACAAGAACAAUCUUAAAUCUUUUGAUGCUCUUACGCCUAACUAUAAUGGGUCUAAUCAUCAUUUAUAUCAAAUGACAAUCGCAAAAACACAUAAUAUUAAGGUAAACGGCCUUCAAGAAAUGAGAAGUCUAUUGGAUAAUGGUUCACCGAUCCAUCUUUAUUUCGUUGUUCCAGACAUAGAUGAAAUAUAUGAUAAUUAUUGUAAGCAAGAAUAUCACACAACAAAAGAUACUAUAUAUAUAGGAUGGAAUAAAGAAACGGAAUGGAUUCAAAAAAAAGUGACUCAAUAUGUUCUUCUGAUUGAGCUUUCAGAUUUUUCUUGA